AGACUGUUUACUCAAAUGUUCUUUUCAGAUGAAGAGGCCGUGCCCGGUGCAGAGGGUCCUCUUGUCGCAGUGACUUUUCAGAAAACUCCUCACAAAAAACAGAAGUACCUGGAGUCUGAACCCAAAGCAUUGGGGGUGACUCAGAUUGCCCUCAGUGUGUUCUAUAUCAGUUCUGUCAUUGUCAUUCUCACCAACAGCAUAAGCAUGGUGGUUGAAGAUUUAACACAAAUCAUUGGAUCAGUGUUUGUGAUCAUAGCUGGUAGUUUGGCCAUAGCUGCACAGAAUCUCCAUCUUCCCACUCUGAAGGCCUGUCUGGGGAUGCAGGUAGUGGCCUGUGUAGCAUCAGUGAUCAACUUGAUCGUCUCUGUGUCAGACAUGGCUGGACACGAAUAUGGUUAUGGCUGCUGGAAAUACGUUGAAAUCAACAGCACUGAUCACAAUGAUUCUUGCUAUUCAAUCACUGCUUCUACUGAACAUUACCUUGCUGAGUUGGUCCUGAUAAAUACUGCUCUCAUCGCUAUCUCUGUCACGCUCGCUGCCUACUGCUGCAAGGUGGUCAAUUGCUGCUCUCCAGGACAACGAAUGCCGGUGAUCACAGUCCAAGUCCCUCCUGCUCAGCAAUGAGGAGAGAUACAGUUUGAGGACCAAUCAAGACAAGAGAUCCAACCCUCUCACUAACCAGCAAAAACAUGUCUUAUACUUCCAUCAACUAAAAUAUUGUAGGCCUAUAUAUCUAUACAUACACUCAGUGCAUAAAAUAUUGCGCAUGGCAUCUACUACCAUACCCCGUUCAAAGGCACUUAAAUCUUUUGUUUUGCCCAUUCACCCUCUUAAUGGUACACA